UCCUGCGCCGACUCCUGACUCGAGCAAUAUAAGUGGCCCAGGCGUAUUUCGAAUACCCCCAGGGCUUUUGCGCAACCGUUUUAUAGUAUAAUGUAUUUGAUUAUUGGCGCGUCGACUCGCAAGUGACAAGAAUGAACGGGUUUUCAAGUCGAAGUCAAAAUGACUUCGAAUCGGCGGCGCCGCCACCUCUGCGCCCUAGGUUGACUCCUAGGCUUGCGCCGAAGGGUCCGGCGCUAGUGGAGUCAUAUAGGCAAGACAGUCUGAAUGACUUCGAAAAAGAUCCACGGCGAUUUAACCCGAUGAAUCCGGGGCGCGUCCAAAGUUCGGUGCUAGUCGACCUAAAAGAUCCUGUCCAGGUACACUUACUCACCGAAACCGCCUUACUCGAUAGCAAGGAAUAUGAGAUUCUAUCUCAGGAGGAAGUAGAUGACUUGAAGAAACAGUGCCAGAUCUUAAACCAGCGGAUCGAGCAGACUCGGGCGAAUCUUGCAAUCCAGUCUAAAUAUCGCGAUGCCGCCAUAUCGAUGUCCAAGUUGUACUCUCCAACGAGACCCGAUACGAAGAGAAGGAGUCUUCUGGGUCACCGACAUAGUGGGUCGAGUGAUGCGGCGAAGGAAGCGGAGCACGAGCUUACCACGAUUCAGAGGAAAUGUGAGGAUUUGGCUUCUGAGUUAUGGACAUUGGAGAAGCGCGUCAUAGAGCCCCAGAGGAGACUCCUGGAACAUACCGCUGGCAUCCUACAACUUACGCAUAAAACAGCGAAGAAAUCGACCAAUCCAUCUCCAAGGGUUCCUCUUGUUAACGGCGUUCCUGCUAGUCCCGAGAGCAUGUAUACAACAUCGAAUGGCCGUGAUAGCCUCAGCAUGGACUUUUUAGAAGACGGGUUCACCUUCGACGAAGCAAGUUUAUAUCGGUCUUUUGACCAGUCUGAUAGAUUCAACAAUCAGUUUCAACAGAGCGCCAUUGAGAUCCCCAUGAAGUCGCCUAUUCGAGGACAAAAUAAACAGCUUACUGAAGAAAGUGAGCGGUUGCGCGAAGAGAACCGGGAACUUCGGGCCCAAGCUGAAUCCUUGCUCAGGGGAUCAGGUUCGACUCAAUGGAAGUUGAUUUCGGACACAGAAAGUAAACUGGAGAACUUCAACCGCCAACUGCGCGAAAUUGUAGUGGGCGCAGACCCUGCAAGGAAUGGUAAUUAUAUGGCUGUACCGUCUGGCCAACUGGAGCCUGGUGAGAUGAUCGGAAGCCAUCUAGAUUACCUUGAAAAUGGGUUGGCUGCCAUUGCUGAAGAUCGCGGCAAUAGCGUGCAGAUGGCAGGAAAGCUACAAACCGUUAACGCCCAGAUUCAAGGUGUACUGCUGGAGGCCAAUAUAAAUUAUCCACCACCACCGGAUGUUGAUCUUGGUGUUGAUGAUCAGCUUGGUUAUUUGCGGGAUUCAUUGCAGCUAAUUGAGGAUGAGCUGCGGCAAGGCGCCAGCAGAAACCAAGGUCCACAAUCCGAAGCGGUUCUUACGGGACUCUGGAACAUGAUCCAAACUGGCUUCUCUGCCAUAAAACAACGCAGGCAAGAGCGGCAAAAGGCUCGCAUGGAGAAGGGAUUAGACCCAGACGAGGAUGAAAUGUCUGAUGGCGAAUCUUUUGAUGUCAACGAACCGUACUCAUUGCUAGCAUUCGAGACCAAGAUCCAAUGGCUGUAUAGGCAAGCCACCAAGCUGCAAGAACAGAAAUGUGUCUUGAAGCGCCAAAUCAAGCAGCAACGUGAGCUUAACAGUAGGUCUGACUCGGAGAAAGAUCAAGCACUAAGGGACAAGAUGGACGAGAUCGAAGAGGUCAGAGAGUUACUUCACCAAGCAGAGAAAGAAACUGACAACAUCCGUUCACAACUCUCGAUGGCCUUGGAAGACAUCGAAAAGUCACAGAAGGACCGAACUGAAGAAUCUGCUGCUAUGGAUGAAGCGCGAGAACAACUCAAAGAAAGGAAUGCCAAGAUUGCUUCACUCGAAGCUGGCUCUAAGGAUAUUCAGGAGCGCCUAGUAGCGGCUGAAGCUAACAUCGAAGCUAUUACAGCACAGUUACAAGAGGCCAACGACGCCAGAGAUGCUACUGACAAGGCUGUUAAGGAGAAGGAGGACGAGCUCAGGGCCAAGGACGAGGAGCUUGCACAAAUGACAGGCAUGGUUGCUGAGCUUAAGAUGGAAGCUACUCUUGCUAAAGCAGAACUCGAUGGUGCCUACGGCUCGAGGAAAGAGAGAGCCGCGGAAGUCGCUGCUCUGCAUAACAGCUCCGAAUCUUCUAAGAUGCAGAAUAGAGUUAAUGUCCUAGAGAAAGAGCUCAAAGCUACCGCUAAAGAUCUAACCGACGUCGUCAAGCAAUCAGUCGAGAGCGAGAAGAAGAUAGGAGAACUAGAGAACGAACUCGACCGAGUCAAGGCUGAGCGCUCCAAGAUCAAGGACGAGAAGGAUAUGAUGAGCGAAGAAUUGGAGAGGCGGCUCCGCGAAGCCACUACCGAUGUCGAGGAAAGCCUAGGUCAAGAGAUCGCAAGGCUUCGGAAAGAGAAGGAGCAGAUCCAAGACGAACUCGACAAGGAGCGUCUGGGACCUGCACGAAUUCCGUUGUCGCCCGGCGGUACCAGCAAGACCUCGUACUUAACCGAUUCAUACAGGUCAGGGUUAAGAGCCGAGAGGAAGAAGUACGAAGAGCAACUAAGGGCGGAACAAAUGGUGCGGAGAAAGCUCGAGGACGAGCUAAGAACAUUGAAGAGGGCACAAGGACCCGGCAAGAGCCCAUUGAGCCCUCGGUGAGGAGAUCAACGUCCCAGUCGUUCGUUCUAUUGUUGAAUAUUAUACCCACAUAUAUCCUUUUGUCAAAGGCAUAUUUUUCCACUUUUCUAUUAUUGUAUAAAAGUUUAGCC